AUGACUGGACCAGACGGGAAGAGGGCGAGGACAGCGUACACUCGCUACCAGACCCUGGAGUUGGAAAAGGAAUUCCACUUCAAUAGAUAUCUCACCCGCAGGAGGAGAAUAGAGAUCGCUCACGCUCUCUGCCUCUCCGAGCGCCAGAUCAAAAUCUGGUUCCAGAACAGGAGGAUGAAAUGGAAGAAGGAUAAUAAACUGAAAAGACUGGGCUUAGCCAC